UCUCAUGCGGCACUGCACAGGUUCUGAGUCAUGACGUAUUUACUGACAACGCAGUGCGAGUUUUCGCACGAGCUCACCAGCAGCUCUGUAAUGUACUUCUUGGUCAGAUGAACCUCCUCUUGCACCUCUGCCACUGCGCCUAUUAGUUCUUUUCCUCUGUUCAUCGAAACAUUCGCGCCUAUUCUCUGGGGGUGCGCAAAUAAAUUGGACAAUUCACCUUUCCUAUUAAGUUUGGAAAAGUUUUCCUCCUGAACGUUCAACUUUACAGGAUGAGGCGAACGCGUAACCGAAAGCUGGGGAUCCUGUCGUUUCUGGGAUGCUUGGCUUGCUUAACAGUCGGUCACUCUCGCGCAGACGUCUCCUCAAUAGGACGUGUGUUCUUUCUGGAUUUGGAGAACGGAUCCAAAGGUGGACAAGAGGCAGGGUUCGAGGCAGCAGCUAAUGCCUGUAUCGCUCAAGGGGCCCAGGUGGCAUCGGGGGCGGACCUGCAUCAUGCAGUGUUGGAAUGUGCCUUCUCAGCCUGCUCGCGUGGUUGGCUCUCUGGACCAGGCAUAGGGACUACAGUGUGCAGUAGUGUCCAGGGGACUCUGAGGCCGGUUGACGUCCAGUUGGAGAAUGUAACCCGGGACAUUGAACGACUGGGCGUGUUCUGUGUGAAAGAUAGCGAUGCUCCAUGUGGACAACCGCCUUCAUUUCCAAAUUCACAUCUGCAGGGGAAAACUGGGUUAGACCUGGGUGAUGAACUCCUGUAUGCCUGUAACCAAGAAUACAAACUGCCAGAUGGACAGACAGCAUUCAGUCUGUUUUGUGAUAGCUGUGGAGAAUGGUACGGCCUGGUGCAACAUUGUCUCAAAGAUGAUCCUGAAGGCCCCAUCGACUACGAGGAUAAGUUCACCGAUGGCCAUCUCUUUGAGAAUCCAAGGGAGGUGCAUCAAGUUUCCUUAACUUCAGGAGGAACCGUUGAUCAUGAAAUAGAUAAACCCACUUCUGAGCCAGAACGUGAGCUGACUGUCAUGUCGGAGGCAAAUGAGGACGAUACAGUUUUAGCAACUGAACCUCCAGUGUCUCAGCUCAGUCAGAAACACAAGUUUUGGUUUCCUUCAGAGGCCUUCCAGGACCGAGAGGACCGUCAACAUAUAACCACAGAGUCCUCUGUUAAAAUCCCAGUUGAAGACCAGAGUCACAUGACAGACAACUUUUCCCACCAAUCAGAAGUGAUCACAGAGGAAUAUGACUCUGAUUAUGAUCACGCAACAGAUUCACCUACUGAAGAACCUACCAGUCCCAGUGUUGGAAGCACAGAGGAUUCCUGGCUAGAUGGAUACCCUGUUUCCCAAGGGGGAGAUAAAGGGGGUCUGUCCACAGGGAACGCGGAGCUGGAACAUGAAGUAGAUGUGGAAACUGUUACAGGGCACACGGACCUAGAGGUGUUUGAGGAUGCAACUAAAAGCUCUGUGGAGACUGGGGGUUUGAUUGACAGCUCGGUGGAGGAACACAUUGAAGUAACCAAACAUCCUGAGGACGUGAAAUAUGAGGAAGUCAUUCAUGUGAAAGGAGAAGAGAAUGUUGGAGGAGGGACAACCAGAGAUGAAAAGCCAGUUGGAGUGAAGGAUGAUCCAGUGAUAACCUAUUCUGAGGAAUUUACAGAAGAUGAACUGGAAAAAAAGACACCAAAGAUACCAACGAAAUCAGAAUCUGAAGCAGAGCUGGAGUUGGAUGAUGUAACUGAGAUGCCCAAUACUGUGUACAUGAAACCUACCACUUUUGUUACUCUUACAACAACAAGCGCAGAUGAUGUUGCGUUACACAAGCGGCCCAUGAUGUACACACCAUCUUACGCUCCAGAAAACGUGAGCACCAGCCAACAGGGGCUGGGCCCUGAGCACACAGCCACGCCCUCUGGGAUGGUCCAUUUGGACAGUACGCCUGUUUUUAGCGACAUGACUACACCUAUCAUGUGGGAAACCAAUGACAAUGAUCACUUUCUAGAGCAUGUCCCUGAUCGUGGCACAGGAGAUAUCCCCGAUGUUCAGAGUGAGAUAGAAAGGGAUGGCGAUCACAGCCCGGACCCCCAGGAAGGAGCAGGGGAGAGUGCUUGUGCUGAAGACCCCUGCCACGCGUCGGGUCGUGGGCCAAUGGUCGCUGCCAUUAUCGUUGGCAUAGCAGCAGCAGUGGUGGGCGUGGUGUUGGGGGUGUGGUGUUACAAAAAAAGGCAACAAAAGAGCUCCCACUACCAACUCAAUGGAACUAACAGGCAAACGCAGUGUAUUGAAUUACAGCAGACUGUGUAACAGCCACACGCACCCUCACGAACCCACAGCUUACACAAGCAUCAGUACAAAGCCAUUAAUGUGUGAACAUUACUGUCACUUUUACACUAACACAAAGAACGUCCCAGAGCUCACGAAAAUCCAUUGAAUAGGGUGGCGUAAUGCUAGUUUAGGUAAAUUCGUCCAGUUUUUUUGGUCUUUACAUUUUUUGUAUUGUGUUGUUGAUGAAUUGUCACAGAUUUACACUUUUAAUAUGUUGGGUCAAAAAGAGAUGAAUCCAACUGUUGGGUUAACUUAACCUAGGAAAUCUCCAUAUUUGACUCAACCAUGGGAUGAAACAACCCAGAAUUUGAGUUGUCACAACCAUGUUAAUUUAUAACCCAACUGUUGGUUUUGUCACUAUUUGACCCAAACAUGGGUCGAAAAUAACCCUGUAAUCUUUUGUCUGACUUUGUGAUAGAGUGCAUUGGACUGCGGGCUGGUGCAUGAGUGUGUUUAUAGGUUUUUUCAUAAAUGUUUAUCUUGUAUAUGUAUAUGUGUGUGAGAGAGAAAGAAACAAGGAAAGAAAGAGUGAGUGAAAAGAUUGUGGUUGAAUUUAGCAUUCUGUGCAUGCUGUUGGAAGUUUCCCACUCACAGACAGGUGAGACAUUCUUGCCAGAGGAACUGGAGUUGAAUUCUGGUUGGUUUCAGUACAUAUCGGCCCAGAACUUGUAGAAUAAAUAGCUUUCUUCUCUAAAUUUAGAAUACAAUGAGUAUUUGUUUGUCCCCCUAUAAAUAAGUUCAGUUUCUUGAGGAUGAGCUGACUGCUGUUAAACGUCUCAAACUCACAAAUAGGUGAGAAACUCUGGUGAGAGGAAUUGAGGGUUCUGAUUGGCUGUCAGCUUAUAUAAGCUUUUAUUCAUUUAAGUAAGUCCAGGUUCUCCUGAUGCUCAUGAAAACAUUGAAAUAUUAUCCAAUUAAGGGAUAUGUGAACAAUUACAUAUAGGAUGAUAAGAAAAGAAAAAUGUCAUAAGUUAAUAUUUUCUUUAUAUUCUUUAUUUUAAUGCCAGUAUUAAGCUUAUAAAGAUUAUUUCUCCGUUUAUAGAAUGUGCUUUCUCGCUUAAGCAAAAAUUAAACAGAAUUAUUUUAUUUUAUUUAGGUUUAUUAUCUGUUUUGUUACUGAAAAGGUGUAUAAUCUUAAAUAUGUCAUUGAUGUUUUGAAACAAAUAUUUUUGCCCCUCAAUGAUGUAUAACAUUUUCAUUCAUUUAUCACCUCCGGCUACAUGCACUUAUCAGGCAUAUUUAUAUCACGUGUGUAUUAUAAAUAUAAAUACAUUCUUUUAGAACUAGCGAAUUUAAAUAAAACACUACUAUUGUGAUUGUCACAGAGCCGAUGUCAAAGAAAUAUGUGGCACGCUAAUGUUUUUGGUAUAAUGCUUUUGGUUUCUAUUAUGAUUUUAGUUCUCACCGUGUGGUGAAGUAUAGUGACGGUAAACAAAACAUCAUCAGUGUUUUAAAUUGUUAUUUAAACCCAUGUCGAGUAAAAUACUAAGCUUUCUUCACAAAAUUUGCUGGGUCAUAUGCAAAUACUUCAAUGAUUUUUUUUACAAAAUCAACAUCUCACAAUAUGUUUGCAUUUUGUUUGUUACCUAGGGUGAAUUCAUGUUUUCAAGAACUGUACAGCUGAUAUUGUAAUAACUUUUUUUUAUUGUAGAAUAUCAUUCAAUGAAUCCUUUGUCAUACCCCUCUGUUUAGUAGAGAUGUUAGAAUGACUUAUUUCAUAAAAAAACAGUGAUAGUCCUCUAAAUUAUAUGGCAUUUGCAUCCUUCUUUAUGUAAUUGUGCAUUUCAGCUCAUGGGAUCUUUUUUGAAUACAAAGAAUGUUCAAACAUCAGACUUUAGACUUAGAAUCUCUACGUGUUCUGUGCAGGUCAUUGCUUUAAUAUGAAUCUAGAAUUUUUCGUAUGUAAAGAUUUGAGAGAGAAAGACACUUUUCUUAAAUGAUUGGUCACAUAGUGUGGUUUGUUUGUGGCCAUUCGAUGUUUUAUUGGCUCUGAUCAUCAUUUUCGCGCUGACUUUCUGAACUGUAAAUUUUGUUGUGACAUGGAGUUUUCUCUGAAUGAGCGAGUGAAAUCUUUGUGAUGCUUUUUUCCUUUAGAUGUUAAAACUGCUUGGUAAUAUCACACAUUACACUGUAGCAAUGUCUGGUAGAUGUUAUUUGAAGGUAUCUUGACUAAACAAAGUUGUGGAAAACUAACUGAACAUUAACAAAUAAAUUACU